UUCAGAACCCAAAACCCUUUUCCUCCCGCCGCCGCCGCCACUCCCCAACAAAAAUGGCCGCCGCUUUCGCCAAAACCUCCAUGUUCGGCGCCGCCGUCCGCAUUCCCUCUCCCACCACCACCGCCACCAACUCCCGUUCCCCAUUCCGCGUCCGGAUGGCCCUCCAAGACUCCGGCCCCUCCAUCGCCGUCGUUGGCGUCACCGGCGCCGUCGGCCAGGAAUUCCUCUCCGUCCUCCACGACCGUGACUUCCCCUACCGCUCCAUCAAAAUGCUCGCCUCCAAGCGCUCCGCCGGCCAAAGCCUCUCCUUCGAAGGCCGCAGCUACACCGUCGAGGAGCUCACCGCCGACAGCUUCGACGGCGUCGACAUUGCCCUGUUCAGCGCUGGUGGGUCCAUCAGCAAAGAGUUCGGGCCUUUGGCGGUGGGGAAGGGGACGGUGGUGGUGGAUAACAGCUCGGCGUUUCGGAUGGAGGAGGGGGUCCCACUGGUGGUGCCGGAAGUGAACCCGGAGGCGAUGGAGGGGAUUAAGGCCGGAAAAGGGAAGGGGGCGCUUAUUGCUAAUCCGAAUUGCUCCACUAUUAUUUGCUUGAUGGCUGCUACUCCUCUGCAUCGUCACGCUAAGGUAAAACGGAUGGUGGUUAGUACAUAUCAGGCUGCUAGUGGAGCUGGUGCUGCUGCUAUGAGAGAGCUUGAGCAGCAAACUCAUGAGGUUUUGGCAGGGAAGCCAGUAACUUGUGAGAUAUUUAAUCGGCAGUAUGCUUUUAAUUUGUUUUCCCACAAUUCAGCGGUUCUUCCAAAUGGAUAUAAUGAAGAGGAAAUGAAACUAGUCAAGGAGACACGAAAAAUAUGGAAUGACAAGGAUGUCAAGGUAACUGCCACAUGCAUACGAGUUCCUGUAAUGCGGGCACAUGCUGAGAGUGUAAAUCUUGAAUUUGAGAAUCCCCUUGAUGAGGACACUGCAAGGGAUAUUCUGAAGAAGGCUCCUGGUGUGGUGGUUAUAGAUGACCGUGCAGCUAAUAACUUCCCUACACCUCUGGAGGUGUCAAACAAAGAUGAUGUUGCCGUUGGCAGAAUCCGCCGUGAUGUGUCCCAAGAGGGCAACUAUGGGUUGGACAUCUUUGUCUGUGGUGAUCAAAUACGCAAGGGAGCUGCACUCAAUGCUGUUCAGAUUGCUGAGCUGUUGCUAUGAUUUCAAUGGUGAGGUUUCUCACCAUCUAAUCUAUUUGCCGAGAUGAAGCGAUCUGAGAUCUUUUUAGCUGUGCUUUAGUCUUUAGAUGGGGUUGUGAGGUGAGAUGGAGCAAAUCCAAGCAGUUUUUGUAGACUAGUUAUUCAUUUUCAAAUGCAACUGUUAACGUAACAUCCUUCCAUUUGGAGGAGAUUUUGUUAUAAUAAACUUGUAAUUUAAGACUGUUCUGAAUCUUUUGAUUAAAGUGUAUGACAAAACUAAAUUGGUUUCUUGUGAGUCAGAUGUUGAGAAGUGAGGGAGGUUUUUCAAAAAUAUCGCCUUUAGU